GGAAGCUGUGAGAGUGGCGGUUAGUGUGAUUGCGGAGAGAUGAUUCGGUUACGUGUGUGUGACAGUGAUUUGUUUUAGGUAACUCGUUAUAUAAGAUUAUUGUCAGCACCGUGUCCGUGCCGUGGAGCGCAGCCUCCUUAUAUGAAGGAUUCAUCAGGCAAGUGAAGCUGAGCCAAACCCCCUAAAAAUGGCCGCUAGAAAUAAGAAAGGAUUUAAAGAUUCUAUAGAUGAUGUGCUUGGAGAUCUCCUUGGGGAUGACGACUCUUCUGUAGCCAAAUCACACAAGAGAUCUGCUGUCACCUCAACUCCUCUUGGUCGAAACCGCGCCACUAUUUUGUCCAGUACCACGAAAAAAUCUCCUGUGGAUGAUCUUUUCAGUCAACUGGCUAAAGAAGCAGAAGAGGAGUCUGAUGAUAUAUCAGAGGCCGACCCUCAGGCUCUGCUUGAUAGCAUGAAGGACAUAGAUGACAUGGAUGCAGAAAUAUUUGGAGGGAGGAAGCCAAAAUCUGCACCAGCAAAGGAUUCUAGAAUGAGCAGAAGUGCAGGUCAAGGCCCAAAUCUUCAAGAUAAAACAGGAAGUGCCCAGAGAGGACACUCUGCUCCUGAAAGCGAAAAGAAGCCACUGUCUGCUCUAGCGGGGCCAGGACGACCAUUCAAGAAGUUCUCCUUUGAUGACAUUGAUGACCCUCUUGCUGGUAUUCUCUCUGAUGAAGAUGAUGGAGCUACCAAGAAAACGCAUGUUUCUGGAGCCAAACCUGCUCCGCUAUCAUCCCCUGUUAAGGCCACGGAUACCCCCCAACCCAGUCCAGUGAAACAGACCUCAGCCCCACGAAGAAAGGAUGAUCUGAUUUUUGAGGGGGACUCUGAUGACAUCAUGGAUUCUCUGGGAUUUGGGGAUAGUUCCCAGAGACCUCAGAAAAAUGACAGCUCCUCACCACGCCCUGCACGUUCUAAACUUGAUGAGCUCUUGGGCCGGGGGACAGCAGCUAAACUUCUGGAGAGACCUCCAACUGGUGAGAAGAGAGAGUUUAAACUGGACCCCAAAUACCAGAAGCGACCAGAAAUGGAGGACGGACAAGGUGAUGUUGACCUGGCCUUUGGUUCCUACCUCCCCACUGUGGCUUCCAGUCCAGAAGGCCACACAUCACGUAGGGGCUCUGUCAGAUUCUCUGCAGAAGGCAGUGACAAUCUGAAACCAGAUUCAAGACCUCGCUCUGGCACCCCAGUUUCCCGAAGUCCUGCACGUGGUGAGAAGAGCAGGGCUGACUGGCUUGGUCUGAAAGAUGAUGAUGUUUCAGAUCCGAUGCCUCCUGGUCCCCUGAAUGAGACGGCCCGAGCAUCAGAUGCAAAGCCUGUUACCUCCAGCCAAUCAUCCUCAAUAGUGAAACCUGGAAAUGGACCCAUAAACCAAAGUACAGCAAAUCUGCCAAAACCGGCAACAGUGCCGCAAGAUGACGAUGGGUGGUUGUCUGCUGCUCUGUCACGCAAGAAAGGCCAAAAACAGGAGAAGGAAGAAGAGGAGAGAGGACGGUCUCACUCAGAGGAGGUUGAGGCCAAAUUAAAAAGCUCUGUGGUUACUUCUCAGUCAUCAAUACAGCAACCAGAUGCCACCAAGAUCACAAAAGAUACAGCACCUCUAUCUGGGGUAUCAGGGUCUCCUUUACCAUGGGAAAUGCCAAAGCAAGUAUCUGCACCCUCUGCUUCCGUGAUCACCAGACAAGAGAAGGCUAUAACAGUUGCUGCUUCACUUCCAACAGAACCUGUGAGAGCUAUUUCUCAGCAACCGGUGCUUCCUCUGACAGCUAACAAGACAUUGAGUGAGGAUGAUGAAGCUUUUCUGCAAGCAAAGAGACGUGUUCUGGAUUUGGAGGCACAGGUGAGAAAACUGCAGCUGGAGAUGGAACAACAAAACUUGUUACUGGAGACUCUGCAGCAGAGACAACGUGAGGAUCUGGAACUGAUAGAGAGCGCGCACAGGAGCCGCCUGAAGUUGGUGGAGGACUCUGCCAAACAAAGAGAGGAGCGUUUACAAAUAGAAAUCAAGGAGUUGUCUGCACAGUAUAUUUCCAAAUGCCAUAGUGCAGAGCGUGAAAAGUCUGAAAUGAUGGCCCAGUAUCAGAAGAAACUAACAGAGUUCCAGCAGGAGAAGGAGACUGAGGUGGAAAGGAUCAGAGAGUUGCAGAGGAUGUCUGUUCAGGAGAUGUGCAAAGACCACCAGGAGCAAUUGGAACGGCUCAAGCGGCUCAAGGACCAAGAGAUUGAUGCAGUGACCAGUGCUUCAUCACACACAAGGUCAUUAAAUGGCGUCAUUGAGCAGAUGGAGUCCUUCUCACACAAGCUAAGUGACCUCUCUCAUCGAGUGGAGAACAAUCAGUUCAGCACAACCCAGGAACUAGAGAUCGGGGUGCGACAACGAGAAGGACAACUAAAAGCCUUGCAGGAACGUCUGAACCAACAGCAAAGGGAAAUGGAGGAGGAGAGGAGCAGUCUACGCACAAUUAUAACCAACAUGGAGACUCGUCUGAGUGAGCAAAGCCGACUGCUUGAGCAGGAGCGCUGGAGAGUCUCUGCAGAGCAGGCAAAGGUGGAGUCUCUACAACGCUCACUUGAGGAGCAAAGGAGGGUGAUGACGCAACAGAUGGCUAUGGAGAGAGAAGAGCUUGAAAGAGCAAAGAGCGCACUUCUAGAAGAACAGCAGUCGGUAAUGACACGGUGCGCAGACGAGCGCAGGAAACUGGCUGCUGAAUGGUCUGAAUAUCACACCCAGCAAAAACUUAUUAAAGAUAGAACAGAGAGAGACGUGGCUAGGUCCAUAAUGGUGGAUACCCAGCGAGAAGGAGCCAUUAUCAGCCUAGCCAAGGAGCAGGCUGAUCUGAAAGUCCAGGCUGCUGGACUGCGAAGCAAAGAGGAGCAACUGACAUUAGCCCAAGAAGCUCUGGAAAAGGAAAGGCAAGAGAUUCGCCUGGAGAAGGAAAAGGUUAAUGCAUCUGCAUUGCGUGUGCGUCUGCGUGCUGAAGAGAUAGAGGGUAUGAGUAAGUUGUCAUCACAACGCUAUGAAGAAGGAGAGAAGGCUCUCAGGGAAGCACGAAGGAUAGAGUCCGAGCAUCAGAACCGGUUGAAGUCAAUCCAACAGAAAUUAGAGAUACUGCGACAGCAGGAGGAAAGUCUGCGCCAGGAGCGACUGAAUAUAGCCCAGAUGAGAAGACAGCUGAAUCAGCUUCAGCAGAGUCUUCCUACUGCCCCGGUGCAGUCACCUGUAGGACUACACUUGUCUACUGAGACCUUGCAGCUCAACCAUGGAGUCUCCAGUUUGAUAGGUAAUGAAGGGUCAAGAAAGGAAAAUCAGGCUCUGCAGUCAUCAGAUCUCCAAGCCACACUGGCUCAGAUGAUGUUACAUGCUCAGCAGGACAGGAAUUUUCUGGAGGAUGAAGAGAAUUUUCUGGAGACCCUGAAGAAAUCUUCUUGGUCCCAAACAGUGACAACAAGGAUAGAAGGGUGAAACAGCAAGGAAGGUCACAGCCAGUAUCAGAACAUAAUGCAGGAUACAAUGCAAACAUAAACAUCAAAGGCAUCAGUGUCUAAACAGUACAUAGCUACAAAGUGGCACAAAUGCAGCAGAAACCACAGCCAUCCAAUGUGUAUAUAUCUCAAUGGAAAUCCCAUGACUUAUUUAAAUGUUUUUGUAUGUUAUUUUAUACUAGGAAAAUAAAUCCACCAAACCUUC